UAUCUUUGACGUAGUAACGUAUUUGGUUCAUACCAAAAAUAUCCAAUUUGAAUCCAACUGGGUCAUCUUGAUGAUAAACAAUAACAUAACAUGAACCUUUUACCACCACAACUAACAACAACCCCCUUCCCUUCCCCAUCCACCCACCGCCACAGCCACCACAACAACAUCCAUUUCCUCCCGCCGCCGCAAUCCUCCGCAAGCCCCAUAACCGCCAAACCAACCAUCCUCGAAGAAGGCCCCGACGACAUCCUCUCCCUUCACAACCGCCGCUACGACUUCACCCCCCUCCUCAGCUUCCUCUCCACCACUUCCAACUCAAGCCCUCCCACCUCACUCGACUCAACCGAGUUCCAACUCGCCGAGUCCUACCGCGCCGUCCCUGCCCCACUCUGGCACGCCUUCCUCAAGUCUCUCUGCGCCUCCUCCUCCUCCUCCUCCUCCAUCGCCCUCGCGUACGCCGUCGUUUCAUGGCUCCAGAAACACAAUCUCUGCUUCUCCUACGAGCUCCUCUACUCCAUCCUCAUCAACGCCCUCGGCCGCUCCGAAAAGCUCUACGAAGCCUUCCUACUCUCCCAGCGUCAGGUCCUCACUCCCCUCACCUACAACGCGCUCAUCGGCGCGUGCGCCCGAAACGGCGACGUCGAGAAAGCCCUAAACCUAAUGUCCAAAAUGCGCCGCGACGGUUACCAGCCGGACUUCGUCAACUACAGCUCCAUCAUUCAGUACCUGACGCGCUCCAACAAAAUCGACUCUCCAAUUCUCCAGAAACUCUACGCCGAAAUCGAGACCGAUAAAAUCGAAAUCGACGGCCACCUCAUGAACGACAUCAUUGUAGGAUUCUCCAAAGCCGGCGAUCCGACUCGCGCGAUGCGGUUUCUAGCUAUGGCUCAGAGCAACGGACUGAACCCUAAGCCCUCGACGCUUGUGGCGGUUAUCUUGGCGCUUGGGAAUUCGGGAAGGACGCAUGAGGCUGAAGCGUUGUUUGAGGAGAUUAGAGAGAACGGCUUGGAACCGAGAACUAGGGCUUAUAAUGCUCUGCUUAAAGGUUACGUGAGAACGGGUUCGCUUAAGGAUGCGGAGUUUGUGGUCUCUGAAAUGGAGAAGGCUGGGGUCAAGCCUGAUGAGCAAACUUAUAGUUUGUUGAUUGACGUGUAUGCGCACGCGGGGAGGUGGGAGAGUGCGAGGAUUGUGUUGAAGGAGAUGGAAGCGAGCAAUGUGCAACCUAAUUCUUAUGUUUUUAGUAGAAUCUUGGCGAAUUAUCGCGACAAAGGGGAGUGGCAGAAAUCGUUUCAGGUUCUGAAGGAUAUGAAGAGCAGUGGUGUGCAGCCUGAUAGGCAUUUUUACAAUGUGAUGAUUGAUACGUUUGGGAAGUAUAACUGCCUUGAUCACGCCAUGGCCACGUUUGAGAGGAUGUUGUCCGAGGGGAUUCCGCCGGAUAUCGUUACUUGGAACACGCUGAUCGAUUGUCAUUGUAAGUCGGGACGCCACGAUAUGGCCGAGGAAUUGUUCAGUGAAAUGCAGCAGAGGGGAUACUCGCCUUGCAUCACUACUUAUAACAUUAUGAUUAACUCUAUGGGGGAGCAGCAGAGGUGGGAGCAAGUGACUGCGUUUUUGAGCAAGAUGCAGAGUCAGGGGUUGCAGCCUAAUUCAAUUACUUACACAACUCUGGUCGAUGUGUAUGGGAAGUCCGGAAGAUUUAGCGACGCUAUUGAGUGCUUGGAGGUCUUGAAAUCUACUGGGUUCAAGCCAACUUCAACCAUGUAUAAUGCUCUGAUCAAUGCCUAUGCGCAAAGGGGUUUGUCUGAACUAGCAGUAAAUGCAUUCAGGUUGAUGACAACUGAGGGUCUGACACCUAGUCUCUUAGCUCUCAAUUCAUUGAUCAAUGCAUUCGGUGAAGACAGAAGGGAUGCUGAAGCCUUUGCUGUGCUGCAGUAUAUGAAAGAAAACAACAUUGAACCUGAUGUAGUUACUUAUACCACACUAAUGAAAGCUUUGAUUCGUGUUGAAAAGUUCCAAAAGGUUCCAGCUGUGUAUGAAGAAAUGGUCGCAUCUGGGUGCACUCCUGAUCGAAAAGCUAGAGCAAUGCUGCGGUCUGCUCUUAGAUACAUGAAGCAGACACUAAAAUCAUAGUUAAAUUAUCAAGCACAUUCUUUCAUGAAGACAGAACAGAAUCAAAUUUGCUCACCUUACAUGGUUAUAAUUCUGAAGGUUAAUGUAAUAAUAAAAUCACGAUUCCUUGUAGACUAGCAUAACCCCCGCUGUCCCCUCACAGCAGGUGCUUUGGGGCAGUAUGUCUGGGUCAUGCCGGAUAUGUACGCUCCAACAGUUCCUGAAUGAGAAAUGAAGCUGUGGAAAAUCACGACAUGGAAUGCAUAGAAAAUUUAUGGCUUCCUGUAAUGCUGUAUCAUGUAUUUGUUGAUCUGUCCCUCAAUAUAUGAAAUUUAAACUGAUUCUCUCUUUGUGAUUUAUGUAUCAUACGUUAAUGUAAGUAAAAUUAAUUUGUUGAAAUGCAUAUUUUAUGCACUUCAUUUACAUCCCCA